UUUUUAGAUUUAGAAUAUUUUUAAUAAAUGGGGAAAGGAAGUUCAGGAAUUAAAAAAUAAAAAAAGAAUAAGAUUGGAGAUGAUUAGAACUACGGAAAAGUUGUAAUUUGUCUUCACUUUAUAUUAGGGUAGACCUAAAAAGAAGAAAGAAAAUAAUGAGACAACUUAAGAAAUAGAUAAAAGACAAUGGUUUAAUGUUCCUCGUGCUUUACAAAUGUUAACAUUGAUUUGCGAGAAAGGAAGUUUAGCUUUAAGAUAUAAGACAGGACAGAAGAGUAAUACAAUGGAGGAAUCAACUAAAACAAAGAAAAGUGAAGAAACAAGAAAGCUUAAGGUAAUAUAUUUAGUUUAAUGAGGGAAAAGUAAAAAUUAAAGGAUUUAAAGAAGCAUUGUAAUUAUGAAGAGAAGAAAUUAUAUCUUUUGAUUGAUAAUAAUACUGAAAAUGUAUAGAUUGAAUUAGAAAAUGCUGAUAAUGAUGGAAUAAUUGAGGAUAUGGAUAAAAUUUAUAAAUAUUUAGAUAAAGAGUUUUAAGUGUCAUUUAUAUUGAUAUUGCAAUAGUAUUUAGAAUAAUAGAAUAAGGAUAUAUAGAUAUUAGCAAGAGGAAUAGUAUAAAAAAUGAUGGAAUAAAAGGAAUAACAUAAAAUGCUAUUGAAUUUAGCAUUAAUAAAAACGAAUAUAGAGGAUGAUUUAGAAUAUGUUUUAUAAUUGGUAUGAAUAAAGUAUAUUAUAUAAAAGGCUAAUACCAGUUCUGGAUUAUAGUUAUAAUAUGAAGUAAAUGAGAAGUGGGUUAAUGAGGAAGAUAAAAUGGUGUAAUGGUUGAUUGGAUUUGUUGAAAAGAUAAUUGGAAUAUUCAAGGCAGAACGUCAAUGAAAUUAACAGUUCCUAAUUAUAAUUAUUUUGAAUUU